UGUUCAUGGACAUAAGUUAUUUUGUUUCCCUGACACUAAUUGUACCUCAUGCUGUUGAUACUGGAGCUGCACCACUGAAAGCCUCUUUCUUAUUACACCCAUGGGUAUUGCGAGUCUGUCAACUAGGCUGGUACAAGGUUGGUUCGUCGACAGGGAUAUAUUCGAUCAAUCUAUCUGCUACCAAUAGUUAUGCUUAUUAUGGGAGCAACACAACUUGCAAUUGGCUUAACAUCUUUAUUUCCAGUAAUGGUUGUUUCGUGUGUAAUUUUUGGAGCGUGUGAUGGAAUUUACGUUCCUGCCUUGUUUGUUGGCGUGAAAGACGUUGUGGGGGCCACCAAUUAUUCACGUGGAAAUGGGAUUACGUUACUUGCUAUGGGAAUUGCUGGUAUAAUUGGAACACAAGCUGGAGGUUGGAUAUUUGACAGCACAGGCAGUUUCCAGAUAAUAUUUUACUUGGCUGCCAUCUGUAGUCUCGUGAGCGCUGUAAUGUUUUGUGCCACAGCUGCCAGGGUGCGUAAAAAGCCGUGGACACGAUGUAAAAUGGUCGAGAUGUUGGCAUAUCGCGAGAAGACGAGACAAGAAGAAAGCCGGUUCAGAGAAACAGACGAAAGGCUCGUAUAAGACUUGUAUAAAUUCAAAAUGUGUCCCAUUCGACGAGCACAAAUCAAGUAACGCAUGUCAAAUUUAAAUGGACAUGAAAUAUAUUUAUCAGAUUGACUUUUUUUAUUUAAAUAUAUUUUAUUAAAUCUUAUCUUUUUACAAACACCAACAAAAGCAAACAAGAAGGGAUGGCACUCACAUUAAUUACAGAAGGAUCACAAUUGAUUCAUGCACAUAUAAUUCUAUCAUCUG